AUAUAUAAUAUUAAAUUAAUGUUUUAAUUUUCAAAUAUGAAUAUAUACGUGUCUAAAAUGAUGUGUUUGUAUGUGGUGCAUUAAAACAAAUUACACAAGUUGACGUAAGAAUACAUAAUGAACAUACAUAAUUUUCUAAUUUGUUAAUGUGUCCUAACUUGGAUCCUUAAGUUUAAAAGAAUGGACGUCUACUAACCCAUAUAUAGAAUUGUAGUAGCCAUUGAUUGACGUUGUAUGGGGAAAAACAACAUUUGAUCUACACGACACGGGAAGCGAAACAGAAGUCGGAAAUUUAAUAUCCUUCAAACAACCGACAAGAGGAAAUAAUAAAAAUUAAAUAUGGAAGAGGAGAAAGUUAAAAGUAAGGAAUGCAAUAUGGAACAAAAGCUAAACGAAAUGAAUUCCGUAGAAAAAGUCAUUGAAGAAACGGUGACAAGCGGGCUACAUGCAAUGGUGCUGGCUUUAGGAUACAAAGUGGGCAUUAUUGAUGCCUUUGGACGAUUAAACAAACCAUCAACAGCAAAAGAGAUCAGUGAAGAAGCAGGAUUAAAUCUUAGAUAUGUACAGGAAUGGCUAACUUGUAUGACGGCAAAAGGCAUAAUAAAACUGGAAAAGGAGAAAUUUAGUCUACCUUGCUCUGAGAGAGUUCAAAAGGCUGUUCUUACAUCCGCCAUGCUACCAUUGUUCUGUGACUGUUUACCAAAACUGGAGACGGUAAUGCGAGUCAAGGACACAAAUACAGGGUAUUCUUUUCCACAGAAAGAUUUGGAAUGGUUAGGAAAAUUUAACGAAAUAAAUGCCUUUGACCAUGACUGGAUUCAUAAUAAUUUAGAGCCAGUUUUCGAAAAACACUUUAAAGAUACUCAAGAUAAUAUCACUGAUAUUCUUGACUUUGGUUGCGGUUACGGAAAACUUUGUCAACAGCUAGCACAAAUCUAUCCAGAUAUCAAUAUCACAGGAACAGAUAUCGACGAGGGGUCUAUACAACACUGUAGGAACACAUAUAGUUAUCCUAACCUAUUCUUCACACACACGAAACAUGGGACUCCACUACAGAAGAACAAGUUUGAUAUUAUUAUAUUACAUGAAGUUCUGCAUGACUUACCCGAUCCAGAACGAGUUUUAUCAGAGUUGAAAACGAUCCUGAAACCUAAUGGAUAUAUUGUGACCUUUGACCCUGACGUAUCGUCGGACGUUUCAAAAAAUGUUGAUAACGAGGCUGCAAAGACUCAUCUGCCAUACAGUGUAUUUUUUUGCUUACCGAAUAGUAUGUCAGAAAGUCCAGCGAUUGGUCACGGGGCCGGAUGGGGAGUUGAAGACCGCAGAAAAUUCAUAGAACAAUGUGGAUUUACUAUAGUCAAUGUUGACGAAACACAUGUUGAUUCAAUGGUUUCUAGAAUUGUUUUUAAAGAGAAAACAUCUUGAGAUGUAGAAAGUUGAAUAAAACUUUUCCAAAAAUUAUAA